AUGUUAUCAGGUGUGUAUCAGCUUCCUUGUAUCGAGGGUUCUGGAGAAUUCCUUGUCGAUAAGAAGGAGCAAGGUUUGGUACAACUGAGGGAUCUGAACAAAAUUAGGGGAGAGCUUUCUGUUAGGUUUCUGGAGAAUGUAAAAAACAGGGAGGAGGCUGCAAAGUCUCAUCUAGACUUGAAGGAGCACAUCUCUAAGUUGGAGCUAGAAUGGGGAUCAUGUGAUGGUGCUCAUGAUAUGGACAAGGGCUUUGAGGUGCUUGAUGUAUUAAAGCCACACCGCAAUCUUGAUGACCUAACUAUCAGUGGGUACCCAAGUGUCAAGUCUCCUUCUUGGCUGGAGUCUGAUUGGCUGAGAAGAUUGAAAUUGAUUUGCCUACGAGAUUGUAAUAGAUGGGAGGUCCUUCCACCUUUAGGGGAUCUCCCCUUACUCGGUACUCUUGAAGUGCGGCGAAUGGAAGAACUAAAAGCACUCAGCCAGGAAUUCUUUGGUCAUGCUGGAUUCCCUUCUCUGGAAAGAUUGCUUCUGGAACGCCUACCUAAAUUGGAGUGGUGUCUUGUGGACAAUGAUAAAGUGUUACAGAAUCUCAGACAUCUCUCUGUUGCUGGCUGUCCACGGCUCAGAUCAUAUCCUACCCAUCCUCGUACACUCAGACAUAUAGCUGUACUUGACAAGGAAAAAAUCCAUUUUAAGCUUCAGAUUGACAGUUUUGAACUAUCAAGGUCAUUUUGUCACCUGGUAUCAAGCUCCUUCCAUGUCUUGCGCUCUCAUCACCUAGAGUCUAUAGAAGAUAUGGAGAUCUAUGUUAACUGUUUGGUACACAUGCCCAUGAUAGUCUUUCACAAUAUGAAAUCACUCAAAAAGUUAAAAAUAUUUGGCAUUGAUGAGCAGAAUAAUUGCUCAGUGAUUACCACACUGUUGGGUGAGAACGGAUGUCCUGUGCUUCCUUUGUCACUUAAAUGCCUUGCAUUAGAAAAGUGCUACCUGCAACCAUCCUCUUUCUCCAAGUUAUUGAAUAAUCUUUCAUCUCUUGAAACAAUACGUCUAUCAAAAUGUGGCUCUCUUGAGAUACCGAGUCUACCGACUACCGGUAAGUCUGCACCUAUUGAGGAUGCUGAAACGGUUGGACAUUUAUAUUUGUGA